GAUUGCCAAGUACUUUCAGUGCAGCCGCGAAUGCUUUGUGCUGUGCUUGGUGUAUAUUGACAGAAUCGUGAAGCUACACCCGGACUUCACGAUAUGCAGCCUGAACAUACACAGGUUGCUUGUGACCAGCGUGAUGCUGUCAGUGAAAUUCUUCGACGAUGUAUAUUACAGCAAUGCCUACUAUGCGAAGGUGGGAGGCGUCAAGACCCGAGAGGUCAACAUCUUAGAGGGGCAAUUUCUCCAGCUUAUCGAGUGGAAGCUUCAUGUGACUCCAGAG